GGGCGAGAGGCACGCGCGCGCGGACGGAACGCCUUCAACUUUGACCGCCGACGAGCUGUGGCUUGGUUGUUUUUGCUCACAUGCGCUAGCUAGCUGCGCCCUCUCAAGGCGGUCAAACCUACCCCUUCCGGCCAUGUCGUCCACACCCAUAUAUCCAGCAGCCGGCCCGGUCGGGCAGGCUAGCUAGCUAGUGUGCAGACAGACCCAUUUGCAUCCAUUCCCGAGAUCGCUCGCUGACCGGCCGGUCCGUCGAUCGCCUGCGACCUGUUUGGAGUUUGGACAUGGCCAAUGGCGGAGGCUGCCUCCUGGCGCCGUACUUCUGCGCGGCUCUGCUGUCGCGGCGCGGGCAGCGGGCGGCGCGGCUGGUGCUGUGGGGCGGGGAGUCGCGGGCGGCGCGGCACGGGAAGCUGGUGGGGCAGGUGAUGCUGGACUUCGCGGGCACCGUCGUGUGCCGCGCCGACGGCUUCUACCUGGGCCGCCCCGCGCCCGUGCUGGCCAUCGAGGACCGCCUCCUCGCCGGCGCCACCUACCUGGUGCUCCCCGUGGAGCGCCUCCCGCAGGGCUACGACGCGCUCACCGCGGCGUCCCUGGCCGCGCUCUCCUACGAGAGGGCCGCCGGCGGGGGGUCGUCCAUCGCGGGGGGGCCCAAGAGCCCCUUCGAGUACGUCAAGGGCGACGACGGGCGGACCGUCAUCAAGGUCACGCCGGAGUUCCUCAUCGGAGCCGUCACGUCCAAGACCGGAGCAGCCGACAGGGAGGGGGGCGGCGACGGCGGCGAGGAGGCGUGCGCCGGGGUGCUGUGCAGCACCCCCGAGCUGCGGAAGCACUACGAGCAGCUGGUGGGCGCCACCAGGGGCCGCGCGUGGUCCCCGCGGCUGGACACCAUCAAGGAGCGCAAGGGCAGGAGGGGAUUCGCGGCGGUGAGCCCCGGGAGGCUGUCGCCCGUCGCCGUCAGGCUCCUGGGCCUCGAUGCCAACAAGGGGGAAAGAUAGUAGCGCGCGCGAGCUGGACGACAAGGCAAAGGGGGAGAGCUUGCUCGAUCGAUCGAACAGCUGCAGCUUGAUGAUGAUCCACCCAUCUUGCUACUUCUUCGUCGUCGCUGAAGCAAAUUCUUGGAUACGGAGGGAAGAAGCGAUGAGCAGCCGCAGCUGCUGCGUGCUAGACAAUUAGCUGGUAGUUUAGCGUAUAGGCGUUUGAUGAUUUGUACUAUGUGCAGAGUGCAGGCUACUCGCUCUCGCUUGUUUUGUCGGAGGAAAUUAACUGUGUAUAGAUGUUGAUCUGAACUUGAUGUC